AUGCUCUGGUCCAAGUUGACCCUUAUAGCUGGCAUAUCUGUUGUGCGAUCGGCAUCAACCAGCCGUCUCUAUCUGCAGAAUGAGGGGCAGCAAGUCCUAGGAGAAGUGGUUAGGACCGAAUCGGAGUCAAUCGAGUUCAACUGUGAUCUUCCGCCAAUUCUUGACCCUUCGAAUGAUGGCUUGCCAUCUGCAGACAAGCUCUUCUCUGGAAAAGAUGCACUGAUGAAGCAAGUUGAGAGGCAUGGUACUCUUGUGCGAGUCCCGUCUAUUUCCUAUGACGACAAUGGUGAACCAGGAGAGGACCCGAGGUGGGAUGUGUUCUUCGAGUUGCAUGCUACACUAGCAGCAUUGUAUCCAUCUGUUCACGCCCGCAUGUCCCGCGAAACCGUUAACACGUUUGGACUUUUAUAUACGAUCAAAGGCCAAGAUGCUUCGUUGAAGCCUUUCAUGUUGACCGCCCACCAAGAUGUAGUGCCUGUAGCCGACGCCUCGACCUGGAAGUAUCCCCCUUUCUCAGGCCACUUUGAUGGGAGAUGGCUCUGGGGACGAGGCGCCUCCGAUGACAAGAACAGUUUGACUGCUCUGAUGUCCGCUCUAGAGGCUCUCUUGUUGAACCCGCUUUGGGUGCCUAAACGGACCAUCAUCGUUGCCCUAGGCUUUGACGAAGAGUGCUCGGGUCAGCGCGGUGCAGGCACGAUUGGGAAGUACUUGGAGGAGAUAUACGGCAAAGAUUCCAUGUCAAUCAUUCUCGAUGAAGGUGGUAUGGGCCUCGACCUUCUCGAAGGUGAUACGCUUUAUGCUCUCCCAGCGGUCAUGGAGAAAGGACAUGUUGAUAUUUGGCUCGAUCUCUCGGUCAACGGCGGUCACUCGUCUACUCCUUUCCCCCAUACGGGCAUAGGAAUUAUGUCGGAGAUCGUCGUCAAAAUUGAAUCAAAUCCUUAUGAGCCAAAGCUCAUUAAGGGCUCGCCCAUCUAUAACCAUCUCGUGUGUCAGGCGAGGUACUCGCCAGAAUCAGCACCACAAAUCACCAAAUUAAUCAACAAGGGUGACCUGGAGGCGCUGGCGGAGGAGCUGGUAACCAUUGACCGCGCGACUCAGUACCGCCUGCAGACAUCGCAAGCCGUCGAUUAUUUCAAUGGCGGUGUCAAGAUCAACGCCAUGCCGGAGAAGAUCCGCAUCGGAAUCAACCACAGGAUCGCCCCGCAAAACUCGAUACCUGAAAUCAAGAGCAAGAUCCUGGACGAGAUCAAGCCGAUCGUCAAGAAAUACGGCCUAACUGUACAGGCCUUCCAAGGCGAGGAGCAGAACCCCGAGUUUGAUGCCGAAGAGUUCAAGCCGGCUUACGAGGUGGACUACAACGGCACUUUGGUCCUCACCUCUAGCCAGCGCACACUCGUUGCCCCUAUCUCGCCAACCUCGGGGCAGGUCUGGGACAUCUUUUCUGGUACCAUUCAACACAGCUUUGCCUUUCCUGACGGAAAAGUCGUCCCCGUGGGAGAGUUGAUGACGGGCAAUACCGACACGAGACAUUAUUUAAGCCUCUCCCCGAAUGUCUACCGUUGGACGCCAACUCGCAAGGGAGGUAAUCAAAAUCCCCACACGGUCGACGAAGCGAUGGACAUGCAUGCUCACAUAGAAGCGCUGAAGUUUUAUUACAAUCUGAUCAGGAAUUUUGAUGUCUCAAGCGCGUAA